AAAGCCGAGGAAUAAACUCAUAUUUCCGGUAUAGAAACCUGCUUCAUUUCGUCUGUAUGAAUUAGAGACAGCAGAUUUUCCUCAGUCAGCAGGGAAGUAAUCUUUGUGAACAUUUUUUUGGUCAAUUUUUACACUUGAUCAGAGAAAGGUCAAGAAGCAAGAUAACUUUGACUAUGUCUAACGAAGAAACACCAGAUGGCCAAAUUGGAGAAGCACUCUUAAUGAUGGUGGUUAAGGAUCAGGCGGCGGACAUUAUUCAAGGAGGAACCCUCUCUCUUCCAUGCCUCCCAAAGGUUCAACCUUUACCCGAUGUGCAGAGCCAGAAGCUGGUGGAUCAGCUGGCUCAGUUGGUGAAAAUGAUCGAUGACCUUUUAAAUCAGGAACAAACCUUUAAUGACCAGAUCGAUGGUUUAGCACGUCUGGGUGAUAAGACGAUUUUUCCCAAGCUUGUGGAGGGCGUCUUCAACGAUGGUCAGAUCAGCUGGGGAAGAAUCAUUGUGCUGUUCUGCACAGUCGGAAAGCUGGCUGUUAAGAUGGUUCUGGCUAACUUGCCUGGAGUAUUUUCCGAAAUCCUGGAUUCAUGUUUGGAUUUCUUCAGGAUGAAGCUCUUGGUAUGGAUUCUCAACAUGGGCGGAUGGAUUAACAGCAUCUCAGCGCUGACCCAGUUCUCCAUCGAGCACGUCUCUGUUUCCUCCUUCUGCACCAUCAUGUCUGCUGAACACGUUGUGGCCUUCGUCUGUGGGCUUCUGCUGGGUAGCGCCAUCUUCUGGAAACUCAGCAGAAACUGCUGAGGGAGAUGGAGAAAGAGAACAAGAUACACUGUGACGAAUGUGUUUAUAAAAAUGUGACACUUCCAGAACUUUCUACAGUUUAGUACUCGAUAUGUAAAUAUUAAUUCUGUUCAAAGUUUUAUUCUUUAGUUUAAAAUGUUUGUCAUCUACAACAAAGCACAUGGUGUGCACAUUCAGGGAGCAGGUGGGUAAUUUUUGGCACCCUCUGCUGCCUGAAAGACAAAUUGCAAUGAAACUACACUGAAAAGUUUGACAGACUUUUCCGGAACAGACAGGUUCCCAGUCCUACUCCUGGAGUAUUCCAGGUCAUGCACAUUUUAGUGUUUACCUGCUUCCCACCUAAUUAAAGUGGUCACCUCAUUACCAGCCCUUUCUGAGUUGAACUGGGUGUGUUAUUGAUAGUGAUAGUGAUGGUGGCAAUUCCAGACCAGUUCAGUAGGCGGGGCUACACUUGGGGCCAUUUAUUUUCUUAAAGUCUAAUUUGCAAUUAGACUUUGGUUUUUUUGGUCAUUUUUUUCUCCAAAUAUGAAGCUGCUGUACUCAAUGCAUUCUACAAUAAUCCAUCCAUUAUCUGUAGCCGCUUAUCCUGUGCAGGGUCGCAGGCAAGCUGGAGCCUAUCCCAGCUGACUAUGUGCAAGAAGCGGGAUACACCCUGGACAAGUCACCAGAUCAUCACAGGGCUGACACAUAGAGGCAAACAACCAUUCACACUCACAUUCACACCUACGGCUAAUUUAGAGCUACCAAUUAACCUAACCUGCAUGUCUUUGGACUGUAGGGGAAACUGGAGCACCCGGAAGAAACCCACACAGACACGGGGACAACAUGCAAACUCCAUACAGAAAGGCUCUCGCCGGCCACUGGGCUCGAACCUUGCUGUGAGGCGACACCACCAUUCCGCCCUUCCUGGCAUCCUGGAAUUGGAAAAUGGAGAGGCGUGUUAUGAAGUGUUUUCAUUUCAAAUUCAAUUUUGCCCUAUACAUCUUUAAUUUCUCCUCCUUGCAUAUUUGACAAGGUAAUAAACAGCACAUUUAAUAAUGUUGAAGAAAAAGAAGAACAAGAAGCCUUUAUUUAUGAAUUGUGCCUAAAUCAGCCCUAGAUGCCACCAGAAUGCACUAUUUGAAGUCUCCACUUUCAAAAUUUUCCAGGGGAGCAUGACCCCAGACCCCUCUAAUAGCCUUCGGGGCCCUUUGGGCUGGGCCAGCCCUUAUGGACUGGGCUCCACAUGAGUCACACCGCUCUGAUAUUUUUUUCCAGGGAAAUCCCUGACAGCCAAGUUAGAAUCUCAUCUCAUCUCAUUAUCUCUAGCCGCUUUAUCCUGUUGUUAGGUUAAAUUUUAUUAUAUGUAGGUUAAAUCAAGAUAUAUGUAGACAUAUGUAAGUUUAGUUAAGAAUUCAGCUAAUUAUUCUGUGUCAAAAUUAUAUUAGUUGACCUUAUGUCUCGGCUGGACAUUGUUUGGGAACAUUUUGUUUAUUCUUUGAUAUGAGAGUGUAUUUUGAACAGAGAAGUGUCUGAAGGACCCACCAAGGUCUCUUUUAGUGCUAAAUCGACUCACACACACUCUGAAAUGGUAGAAUUAAAGUUCAUGUUUCAGUUGAAACUUAGGUCAUCGCUUCAUAAAAGCUAUGAAAUAUACUGAAAUAUAUUGAAAUAUACUAUGGUAGUGAUUUGGAUCCCGUAAUUAAUGAAUGCAUUCCGUGAUUAAUGUUAGUUUUAUAGUUCUAGAUUAGUUUCAUA